AUGAGCGACCUGCAGGCCACCUUCGAGUUCAGCGUCGAACUCUACAAGUUCUACAAUGUCGAUCUCUUCCAGAGAGGGUUGUACCAAAUACGAGUGGGCCUUCGAGUAUCCCCGAAAUUGCCGGUUCAAAUCGAGACAUCAGUGUCGAGCGGCAAUGACACGGGCAGGUCCGGGCGGCCGACUGCCAACGCAUCACUCGGCGGCUUGGCUGCAUCGAGAGCCUUCCAGAUAAUGUACAGAAACGAAGAGGUCACAUUGCGGAAUAUCGUGCAAUUUAGAGCACAUUUGUUAGUCGACAGCCGCAACCUCAAGGAGUCCCUGGAACGAACGGAAUGGAGUUUAGGCGUAGAACUAUGGUGCAGCGAGGGUGCUCAGUCCAGUACCCUGGCGCCAGUAUCCUGCCGCGUCCUCAAACUUCAUUUCCAGCCUUCUCAGGGGCUGCAUUACCACCUACCUGUUCUAUUCGACUACUUUCAUUUAUCGGCCGUGUCCAUUACCAUUCACGCAAGUUUAGUUGCUUUGCAUCAGCCUUAUAUCAAAAAAAGUAUAAUGCAAUACGUUCAAAGUUGUACCCCACGCUCCAGCAAACAAUGGGGAAAAUUGAUGAAGAAUGCGGGUUCUAACUUCAACACAUCUGGCAGUUUCGAGAACAUUCUAUUCGGAUCGAGCGGGAAAUGCGCCGGCGGUAACUCUAGCAAGAUAGCACACGCAAGACAAGUUCACGCUGAAGUGUGCGGUAUUCUCCUGGGAUCUCUAGAGGGACUGCAAAAUGCACUUACUGUAUGUGGCUCCACUGGCGUACUCCUUAGUCCUGAGGAAUCUUCUUCUAAUUCUAUAGUUGGAGAAGUAUCUCAAAGGAUAAAAGAUCUUAGUGACAAUAGCAAAAAACCGGAGGCGGGCUUUGAAGAAGAGUGGGCAAUGGGCGCAGCACAUGACAUUGCCCGACUGUGCGCAGAGGUCACACUUCGGUGGCGCGCCUUUUUACACCAUACAACCGAUCGUCCGCACGUUCAUCACGCUUUAGCUGCUGCACAUCAUGCACUACGCAUCAAACGCUUCUCCGAAUGCUUCUUCGUGCUGGACAACCCACGCCACUCAUUGGCUGGUUGCUAUGAUAGCAACUACCAGUCAUACCAAAGUGUGGGUGAGGCGGCACGUCGCUCCCGCUACCUUGCCCUCUUGCCACCUCUACCAGUUCACUGCAUUGCAUUAGACGGUGAUCCUCACAUCAUGCCUAUUAUAUUUGAGGAUAGAUAUCAAGAUACUGCAGAAUUUGCGAGAAGACGUUCAUUUUUAAAUUCUAGCACCAAUAAAUCGGGCAGUGAUCCAUUCUUAUGUUCAGAACCUUCAAGGGAAGACUGUGGCUGUAGUGUAAGCUCAAUUAUAGACUCAAGAAGGCCUUCUUCUGAAGCUUCUAGAGUAACAUCAACGUUACCAAAAACUAUAAUGGAUGUUCUCGAACCACAAUACAAUGCGCCAAAAACAAGACAUAGUAAAUCGUUGGAUCAACUGAGAGUUUCGCAAAUGACACCGCUGAGUGUACAAACAUUAACAAAAAACUUACGAAAUAAUUCUAAUUCAUCUGUUAAUUACCCUAAACCUUACCAACCUCCCCAGCAAGUGAAACCCACUACUUUGCCACGAAGUGUAACGACGACAACAUAUCCAACAAGUACAACGACUAGAUGUGGAUCUAAAGGCGAUGAUUAUAGACGAAAUAUUAACGAGUUUAGAGAGAAAUACAAAAAUCCAUGUAAUUUCAAUGUGAAUAUUCACGGAACGAACAAUGAAGUAUUCCAUAAUGUAGGAUAUAAUAAAUACGAUGGAAACACAAACUCUAAUCAUAACCAAGUUUAUGGAUACACUUUCGGUAAUCAGGGUACUCUGCAAGUAAAUAAUGUAAUUCGUAAUCCUUUAGAAUUUCAAAGAGGUUAUAGAGUAAAUUUACCCCGUCCUAUGUUGCCUCCGCGUAAUUCUUAUCCACCAGUUAGUGGUAAAACUCAAGUAACUGAUCAGAGUAGCUUAGUAUCAAAUAAGCAUGUUCAUAGAUCUAAUUCUACACACAUAUUUCAUCAAAAUAUAGACAGUCAGCAGCAACAACAAAUUGAUAUCGAAGCAGCACGCAACCAACUAAGGCAUGAAUUAAAUUACUACCUUCAGAAAGGAGACUGGAGUUAUGAUUUCAAUACAGGUAGCUUAAUUCAAAAUUAUCAAAAGAAAUCUAGUAAAAGCAGUGAUGACAGCGGAUUUGUAAUGACUUUAGACAGAAGCAGUGACGGUACUUCCAAAUCAAAUUAUUCUAAAACUCCACCGUCGACUCCGCAUUCCACUAUGCCAUCAGUGAGGCAUAAAAAGAGUCGAUCCAAAGAAUCUAAAUUAAAUAACAGUACUAAAGAAGGUACUAAAUUGAACUCAAGUCGAGAUUCGCUAAGUAGUCAUCAUUCUAUUAUAUCAAGGGAUAGCAAAUCUGAUCGACAUACAUCGAAAUCCGACCGAAGCACCCCAAAAUCUGAUAGAGCAACGCCUCGGUCCGAAAGAGGAACUCCUAAAUCAGGUGGGAUAACUCCAAGAUCAGGAUUAGCAACACCCAAGUCUGGAAGAGUUACACCAAAAUCUGGAACAACAACACCGAAAAGUGGCAGAUCGAGUGGUAAGCCAGAAAAACGAACGAAACACAAAGCCUCAGAAAAAAUGACACAGUUAAUGUCUGAAGCGGCGUCAUCUUCUAGUAACGAGAGUAUACCAUUUGAACUUAGGAGGUUAGAAUCUUCAGUGAGUGUUCCGUAUAGCCUCGACCAUGGAGCAGAAUUAAGACACUGUAGAAGCGCUGCUUCAGUCUUGGAUGAACCUCAUCUUAACAAUACUUUUGGUUCAGAGUCCUUACCAAAUUUAGCGCCCCCACCCGCAUUUGAAUCACCUCCAUUAGACAUAACAGAUAAAGACUUCAAAAUUAUGCCUCCUGAAAAUUUUUUGAGCAAAAAAGAAAAACAAAGUAGUAAUUCUACGUCUAGUUUGAGUGAACAAAGUGGUUGGGUUUCUAGUGGAAGAAGCUCAGGACCAUCUUCACCCGAUAAUGGAAGUUGUCAAUUAAAUGAAAAUUAUGCGCCACCUAAUAAAUCACCGAUUUCUAAAGUUUCCAAUAAAUUGUACGAUACAGCGACCGAAUUUCAAAAUCAAGAUGGUGAAAAAAUAAGUGACUUUAAAAGAACUGUUUUAAACGGUGAACAACUACGAGAAAGGUUACUAAAACUUGCAGUAAAAGCUGCUCAAAAUUCGAACGAAAAAAUAGAAUGCUGUGACAAGGAAGUAUGUGAAGAGUGCACUAUUUGUAGUGAUUCCAUUUGCACGGAUAGUCAAUGCGAGUAUAACAAAAUAUUACAUAAUAAUGGCAUUGAUACGGGAUGCAAUUCCGACACUUGUACAGCGAGUUGUUUUCAGCAAUAUUCUGAAUCAAGUAGGAGUAAACUUAGUCAAAGACACAACUCAUUUAGCGGGAUACAAGUUAAAACUUUAAGUACUGUUCCCAUUCCUACAAAUGAAGGCAAUGUUAAGAAAUCUAAGAUUGGUGAUAAUCUGCAUCCAUAUAUACGAAAAGAAAUUUCACCUAAAUUACAACCAUUACCUGCUAAAUCUGAUUCUCUAAAGAAAACGAAAUUAAAAGACAGAAUAGAGUACACAGAAAAACUUUUGGCAGCAGAAAUACGAAGUCUUACUGUCGAUCGCUCUUGUAAAAGUCACACCAAAAAGACAUCACCUACCUCUACUUCUGCUGGGCAAAGAUAUCAAAAUAAGGCCAAAUCUGAAGUGGACCUUAGUCAUUAUGGCGCUGACAAUGAUUACGAACACUUACCACCACCACAACAAUUUAGAGAUGCUCCUCCACCACCCGAUGCAUUUAAGGAUCCACCAACAAAGUCACCAGUAUUAAGUAGGCAAAGUAGUAAAUCUUCAACACCCUCCAAAACACCAAGAAAACAAGCAAGUCAACCCUCUACCCUUCAAUUAGAUAAUCCCUUAUAUCACGUCUGUGAAGGAAUCAUAGAGAGGCGAAAAUUAAGGCCUCAUCAAUCUGUCAAUGCAACAGCCACAAUUUCGGCUAGCACGCUUAACAAAAGUCAAAGCACUGGGGAACUUGCUUCUAGAAAUGAGAAUGGAAAUAACAAAGAGCAACGAGAAAGCAACCUCGUUAGUAUAUUUGGGCUGGCAGAAUCAGAGCGUUUAUUCGUAAAAUGUAGAGAAGAAUUCAGGCAAAGCGUUAAAUAUCCUGGAGCUAUAUAUUCAGAUUUUCCGCCUAUAGAAAAUUCUCUACCGUACUUUCAUAUCAGCGAUGAAUAUCGUAUGUUUAAUCCAGAAGGCUUGCAUCUUAUAAUUUGCGUGCACGGAUUAGAUGGCAACGCUGCAGAUCUGCGACUAGUAAAAACAUAUCUGGAGCUUGGUCUACCAGGUGCUAGGCUAGAUUUUCUGAUGUCUGAAAGAAACCAAGGCGACACAUUCUCUGAUUUUGAUACUAUGACUGACAGACUCGUUCAAGAAAUUUUGACGCACAUACAAAACUCGAGCGAGCCAGCUAGAAUAAGCUUCGUAGGUCAUUCCUUAGGAACUAUAAUUAUUAGAUCUGCACUAGCGAGACCACAAAUGAAGGCUUACUUGGGAAAAUUGCACACGUUUCUGUCUCUUAGCGGUCCACACUUGGGUACAUUGUACAAUUCCAGCGGUCUAGUAAAUGCGGGUAUGUGGUUCAUGCAAAAGUGGAAGAAAUCUGGUUCCUUACUCCAGUUAUCACUACGCGACGCAUCCGACCCUCGUCAAUCUUUCCUCUACCGGCUAAGUGAAAGAAGCCAGCUGCACCAGUUUAAACAUAUUCUAUUGUGUGGCUCUGGACAAGACAGAUAUGUUCCCUUACAUUCCGCACGCUUGGAACUCUGCAAAGCUGCCGCCAAAGACACCUCAUUAUUGGGUCAAGCUUAUAGAGAAAUGGUACAUAAUAUGGUGUCACCGCUAGCAUCACGCUCCUCCAAUGUGUCCGUGGUUCGCUACGACGUGCAGCACGCUCUGCCGCACACCGCCAGCGCUCUCGUCGGCCGUGCAGCUCACAUAGCCGCCCUCGACUCCGACCUAUUCAUAGAAAAGUUUCUCUUGGUCUCCGCACUCAAAUAUUUCCGAUAG